CCCUUUAACGAUUCUUGUCUGCCCCAGGUUUGUCAACAUGUCGUCUCAUCUGCAGUGGAUGGUCAUUAGGAACUGCUCCAGCUUCCUCAUCAAGAGGAAUGGACAGACUUACAGCACCGUAAGUACAACUGACAGAUUGCCAAGAAUCAGUGGUCCUAGUAAAUGUACCCCACAUACCUGGUGGAUCAUGAAGUAGUUCAUGCAUGCAGUCAGAUGUUCUUUGAGUGUGUUGAAAUGUUGACAAUGUGUCUAUGGUCUGUCAAUUCUUUAUUCAUAUGACAAAGAGAUUAACAAAAAGAGAAAAUAACAUUACAUUCUGGCAACAGCUCUGGUGGACUUUUCUGCAGUCAUCAUGCCAAUUGCAUGCUCCCUCAACUUGAGAUGUCUGUGGCGUUUUAGUGGGCUUUUGUCCCCGUUGCACCUGUGUAAUGAUCAUGCUGUUUAAUUCUUCAUAUGCCACACAUUUACAUUUUAGUCAUUUAGCAGACGCUCUUAUCCAGAGCAACUUAGUUAGUGAGUGCAUACAUUUUUUAAAUACUGGCCCCCCGUGGGAAACGAACCCACAACCCUGGCAAUGCAAACGCCAUGCUCUACCAACUGAGCUACACGGGCCUACACACCUGUCAGGUGGAUGGAUUGUUGGCAAAGGAGAAAUGCUCACUAACAGGGAUGUAAACAAAUGUGUGCACAACAUUUUAGAGAAAUAAGCUUUGUGUGUAUGGAACAUUUCUGGUAUCUUUUAUUUCAGCUCAUGAAACAUGUUGCGUUAAUAUUUUUGUCCAGUAUACAUAUGGUUUGAACAUGCAGAGUCGUGCUGCAGGAUUUGUUCAUGCUGCAGAUUGAUGAUUUAAGAUAAACAAGUUCAAUGGGAUUUGUUAGUCAAAUGUAUUUUGCAUUUGUUUAACAGGAGCCCAACAACCUGAAGUCCAAGAACUCCUUCCGUUUCAACGGGCUGGUACACAGGAAGACUGUUGGUGUUCAGCCUGCAGCUGAUGGCAAGGGUGUCGUUGUCGUGCUGAAGAAGCGUGCAGGUAAACAUGGUUCUCCAUAAUACCAACCAGGAAAUGCAAGUACAGAUCCACCACAUACCUGUUUAUGAUGAUUCUUUGAUAUUUGUCAUGAUAAUCCACCUUGGUUGUGAAUCACCUUAGGAAAUUUGUCUUGCUGCUUCGUGUUGCUGUUAAGAUAUCGGUAGCUGUUGUACCUGUGAUUCUGCAUUCAUGUGGAUCUACCUGCUCAUGACUGACAUGUCAUUGAUUUAGGUCAGUGUACUCCGAGAAUGUGGAUUGAGGUAGUUUGGCUUUUUCUUGUUACUCCUCAGGCCAGCGCAAGCCUGCCACUUCAUAUGAGAAGAUCACCAUCAACAAGAACUCGCGUGCCACUCUUAGCAGCCUGAGGCACAUCAUCCGCAAGAACAACUACAGAAAGGACCUGCGCAUGGUGAGCACUCUAUUUACUAAACCUCUUGUUUUUCUACUGGUCUUUGAUAUUUGUGCUAGGACCAACCGGGUGUGGGGGCUUUUGACAACCCUGUAUACACUGUGGGAUUCAAGACUAGGAUUGAAGACUUCUGUAGUGCCACCCAAGUUUGCAUCUGAGACUGCUGGGCCGAUUUUUUUCCUGACAAGGAUUAAGGGAUAGAUUCUAUCAAAUCCGUGCUAGCCGACAUCCACAUGGCAGUGUAGGAAGUGAAUGUUUGAGCGGUCAAAUCCACAAGCUGCUCCUUGCGUUACCUUAUCGCGUACACUGGCAUUGUAUGCAGCGACACCACGCCUAACUUUAUCUGACCUCCCACGCAGCGGUCUUACAAGUUAAACUCAAAUGCGUGAUGUUCAAUCGUCCACACCUUGAUUACACUGAUAGGCUAUAAGUACCCUCAUCCAAAUUAACAUAACUUUAUUAGUAAAGUUGAUUAAUUAGCUUAAUUAGAAUAUACUUUAUUUCGCUGUUUUGAACUUCUAACACGUUAGGGAUAAUAAGGGAGUGGUUUGUGACAUGUGCAGCUGCUCACCCAUUUGUCAGCUCAUACCACAGUCACACCUCCAACAUGCAAAUAUAUCCGCUAUGCAGAGGUCUUCCAACUCGGGUUAACGCUUGAUCUGAUUGAAUUGAGGCCUGAGCCUUGUCCUGGACUAAAGUAUGUCCAAUGGAAGAGCGUCUGCUAAAUGUCUUAAAUGUAAAUGUAGGUUCUCCAUUGAACGUUUUUAGUCCAGCUCUAGGCUUAGUGCUUAAAAAAAUCACUUUCAAUGGAGAACCCUUGCAGUUGUGGACAUGAAUAAACCCAUAGGGGCUUAAGAUUGUAUGACGGGCUAAUGGUCAGACUCCUAGCAGGUAAAGAUGGAUCCAACUAUAACAUCUUUAAAGUUGAAAGACGAGUCAUUUGAGCGAUGUGCUUUGUUUUCCCAGGCUGCUCUGCGUCGUGCCAGCGCCAUCCUGAUGAGCCAGAAGCGCGUGGUGGUGGUGAAGAGGCGUUCCAAGGCUGCCAAGACCGCAUAAAUGUGCAGUUAUGACAAAUAAAACCAUUUGUUGGUUUGAAAAACACUACCCUGUCAUCAGUCUUCAAUCUUUGGGUCUUUUAAUAAGAAUAAAGUGCCUCAAGAUGGUGUAAUAAUAAUAAUAAUA